ACUACGACGAAUGACCAUGUCAUUAACUGACGAGAUUGCUCAAAGAGCUGAGACGGAUUCAGGCCGAUUUUACUUCAAAAUGGAACAACUAUUCUCUCUUUUGGGAAAAUGGUUUUCUUAUUUAUUGUUUGUGUCGACUCUCACACUUAUAGUUCCACCAAUUUGCUUCACAUUUUACGAUCUUUGGCAGAAUGAUAACAUGACCAAGGAUAUGUGGGAAUUGCCAAUGAAAAUCACACUCCCGUUCGAAAUCAAUAGUGUCCCGAUAUAUUUGGUGGUACUUUUUGUGUCAUCAAUCAGUAUUUGGUCAAUGACGAUUUGCAAAACGAUGACAGCUGAAAUAUUUUAUCGCUUUGGACUGCAUUUAUUGGCCCGAUGCCAGGAUAUGGAACUGUUGUUGGAAAACAUUGGCAAUUUGUAUAAAAUGUUAAGUAGCGAAAAUGUUGAAAUUGACACAUAUUUGAAUUUGUAUUUGUUUUCUGUUCUAUUCAGAAACAAUAAGAAGAAAAUUAAGGACUUCGGUGGCAAACUGAGAGUUGAAUUGAUCGAAGUUAUUUCAUUGCAUGGCAAAAUGCUGGAGUGAGAUAUUGAAUGAAUCCAUUCAAAUGUUCGAAAUCGUUGAUUAUAAUCAAUUUUGAAUAAUAUAUCUACUUCCAGUUUCUUUCGGGGCUAUGACAAGGUGACAAGUGGAAUCAUAUUCUUUGAAUUCACAACGUUGUUUUUCCUACUUGCUGCUGCUGGAUGCUCAUUGAUCAAAAGAGUACAAUAUCAAUUAAUUCAGCAAUACAUUGAAUUUUGAAACAUAUUGUUUUGUUUUUUCAAUGGUUUACAGCCAAUAACUGAUUUCGAUGUCAAUACGAUCAAAUUUAAUUUUGUCGUAAUGAGCGCACUAUGUUCCAUGUUCAUAU